AUGUGGUUGGCGUUUUGGGCAAAAAUAUUCUGAAAAGGAUGCACGUAUGGUUUAUUCUGCAUUGGUGCUACGCUUUACUGUACCUCGCUCUAGAGUUUAUGGUAUUUUCCAUAAUUGAAAAACUCCGUUUCAAGCGAUACGAUUUUUACUAUAGAACGCCUUUUAUUUCUGUUAUUCCUGAUUCAUGCAUUAAUGACCAGUUUUUUUUUUUGAUCGAGUAUUUGCGAAUGCAAGUGCGUUCCCAAUAGGUAAUCUGUUACAUUGAAAAGAUCGCCACGUAAACAAAAUAAGUAUAUUGGAAAAAAAAUUUGAUCAAGAAAGUUAAAAACCCGCGCGUUA